UGGGUAGAGCACAGCACUGCAGAAGGACGCGUCUACUACUACAACUCAGACACCAAACAGAGCGUGUGGGAGAAGCCGGACGAAUUGAGGACACCCGCAGAAAGGGCACUUGACAAGCUGGACUGGAAGGAGUUCACUACUGCUGAUGGUCGCAAGUACUGGAACAACAAACUCACAGGAAAGUCAGUAUGGGACAUGCCUCCUGAGUACAAGGAGGCUCUUGAAACAGUAGCGGAGCCAGACGAUCAGACAGGGGCCCUAACUGUUGGCCUGGGAGAGAAGGAUGACGAUACUGAGGACGCAGAUCGACAAAUCGCGUUACGCGGCAGCAUGAUGGGAGUUAAUCCGGUGGAUGGUUCUGCGAUUCCAAUGUCUCAAAGAUACAUCCGCUCCGACCGCGACGUUCCCCAGUAUUCCAGUUACGAAGACGCCGAAGCAGCCUUUUCGAGACUUUUACGCCAGUCUCGUGUUGCCGCAGAUUGGUCUUGGGAAAAGACAAUGCGCAUUGUCAUUCUUGAGCCUCACUACAGGGCUCUCAAGGACCCGAAAGAACGAAGGGAUGCAUUUAACAAGUAUAUCGCGGAUCUACAGGCUGAACAGGAAGUGAAGGAGAAGGAUCGUAUGGCUAAGCUCCGAACUGAUUUUCUUACUAUGCUUCGCACUCACCCAGAGAUCAAAUCAUAUACUCGAUGGACGACGGCUAGACCCAUUUUAGAAGGAGAGACGGCAUUCAAGGCUAUGCCCAAUGAGCACGAGGCCCAAAGGUUCUUCGAUGAAUACAUCCAGGAAAAGAAGAGACGGGAAGUAGAAGAAGAACGUGACAGCCGCCGCGACGCAUUGGACGCAUUUACCAGAUUGCUCCAUUCACUCAGCCUGGAGCCGUACACGCGAUGGUCGGAAGCUCAGGAGGCCCUCGAAGACUCAGACGCAUUCAAAACCGAUCCCAAGUUCAAGUGCCUCACGAAAUUGGAUUUGCUGUCGAUUUUCGAGAGCCACAUCAAAAGUCUUGAGCGUGCGUUCAACGAUCAGCGUCAGCUUCAGAAAGCAACGAAAUUCCGCAACGAGCGCAAGAACCGCGAAGCAUUUGCAUCGUGUUUAGAUGCAUUGCGCAGAGAAGGCAGAAUCCAAGCAAACACGAAAUGGAUGGAUGUGCACGAAAUUAUCAAACAUGACGAGCGAUAUACCAACAUGCUGGGUCAGUCAGGCUCAACGCCGCUUGAUCUGUUCUGGGAUGUUAUCGACCAAAUCGAGCGUGACAUUCGCCAGAAGAAGGAUAUCGCACUGGACGUCCUUACCAGUCGCCGGUUCGAGCUCACCGAAAACACACCUGUAACGGAUUUCAUGGAUGUGAUGCAAUCGGAUCCUCGUACAGCGCAGUUUGACGUCGAAGUCCUCACGAUCAUUUUCAAUCAGUUGCAGGAAAAGCUUCUUAGGCGUGCCGAGUCAAAUCGACGUGGAGACGACCGUCGUCAACGGCGUCGCAUGGAUGACUUGCGGUCAGCAAUGAAACAUCUCAAGCCACCUGUUGGCGUCGACGAUACUUGGGAAAUGGUUCGCCCGCGCAUUGAAGGUCUAGAGGAAUACCGUGCCCUUGAAUCUGAGGAGUUAUGCAAGUCUGCAUUUGAGAAGUACAUUCGAAGGCUGAAAGAAAAGAUGGAG